CUACUCGAAACAACAAACUGACAUUUCUCAUUACCGCGCGUGUUUACCGUCCUGUUACCGGUGGCGUAGUAUAAACUUUUUGUGAUUUUCCGAAUAAAAACGACUCAAAUAUUGCGAUGAAUUUCUCUUUUGGAACACCGACCACUACAACCGCGUCGACGGGUGGUUUUUCACUCGGUGCUCCAGCUACCAGUACCGCUGCGGGCGGAUUUUCCUUUGGUGCAGCACCAACUUUCGGUGCAACGGGCGGUUCCGUACCAGCACCAACUCUAUCGCUAAAUCCUACGGCAGCAACCACCACAGCCCCAACGGCUGGUGGAUUAGGAACGCUUUCGUUUGGAGCAUCACUUGGCGGUACUGGUACAGCCGCUCCGGCUUUAUCUGCUGCAACGGGACCUCAACCAGCGGGGACAACGGCAGCCUUACCUACAUUCGGUUCACUGGGAGGAACGCCACAGCUAGGUGCAGGAUUAUCAACAACAGCGACAUCACUCGCACCAGUCAACGCUAUGCCAACUAGCAAUCCAGCUACUGGUAUCAACCCACUUGGUGGAUCUCUUGCCACACCAACCCCAACAGCAACAACCACAGCAUUAGCUCCAUUAACGCUAGGUGGAUUCGGACUGUCUAAACCAGCGGAACAAAACACGGGAUUAUCCCUGGGUGCCACUACCACGGCUACGACUACAUCAGCUGCUACGACGAAUACAGCAGCAACCACCACCGGAGCGAGUGGCGGAUUGGCCGCUAGCCUGACGACCAACACACAAACAACGCAGUCGGCUACCGUCGCCGGUAAUCAGCAGCUUAAAUUCUUUCAGCUGGAAGAGUUCAUCAACAAAUGGACACUCGAGCUAGAGGAGCAAGAAAAGCUGUUCACCAACCAAGCCACGCAGGUAAACGCCUGGGACAACAUGCUGCUCGCGAACGGUGAAAAGAUUGUUGCCCUUAACGAGGCGGUCAUGAAAGUGAAGGCGGAACAGAACGCGAUGGAGCAAGAGCUAGAAUUCAUCACAGCGCAGCACACCGAGCUGGAGGAGUGUAUCGUACCGCUCGAGCAGGAACUAUCGCGCAUCGGUAAAAUUGAUCUCGAGCGUGGUCAAACGUACUCGAUGGCGGAAACACUUGACUCGCAGCUGAAGCAAAUGUACGAGGACCUGAAGGAGGUGAUUGAGCACCUGAACGAUGCAAACAAGUACACCGAUCCGAAUGAUCCGCUCGUGCAGAUUGGCAAAAUUCUCAACGCCCACAUGAACUCUCUGCAGUGGAUCGAAUCGUCCACCACGGGUAUAACAAAUCGGCUGGAGGAAAUUAACAAAAUGCACGAAACAUUGCGAAAAGAUAACGAGCGUUCCUUUCGCUUAACGUACUACGAUCAGUGAGGGGUGGUUAGCGAUACGCUUCAUCUCACAGGCGGUGUAUUAAAUAGGUUUUUAUUACAAAUUUUCAAUAUUGAAACAUAAAAUAAACUGCAUUCUGAACGGA